AUGGCUUACUGGUCACGUCUUGCUUUGGAAUCGGUCGCUUUGGAACCUUAUUCACAUUCCCCUUGCCUCCGCUCGUCAACUGUCCUCCGUCCAUCUCCUUGCCUCCGUUCGUCCCGCCUCCGUUCUUCUCAAUCACCCUCUCUGGCACCUCUCCCUUUGCUGUCCCCUUCCUCCCCUUCCUCCCCCUCCCCUUCCCCCUCCUCCCCUUCCUCCCCUUCCCCCUCCCCCAUUCCCCCCCCUUCCCCCACCCCCCCAUCCCCCACCUACCCUUCCCCUUCCCCUUCCCUUUCCCCUUCCCCUUCCCCUGCUUCCUUCCCUGGUUCAAAAACGGGAGAUUCUGUCAGAAUGUUAUUCUCUAGCCUGUAG